AUGGGAGGGGACAAGCCGAUCAGUCUGGAUGAGAUCAAGAACGAGACCGUUGAUCUGGAACGGGUUCCAAUAGAGGAAGUGUUCGAACAGCUGAAAUGCACCCGGGAGGGUCUCUCGUCGGAGGAGGGAGCCAACCGGCUCCAAAUCUUCGGCCCCAACAAGCUAGAAGAGAAGAAGGAAAGCAAACUUCUCAAGUUCUUGGGAUUUAUGUGGAACCCCCUCUCUUGGGUCAUGGAGAUGGCUGCUAUCAUGGCUAUUGCCUUGGCCAACGGUGACGGGAGACCCCCGGACUGGGAAGACUUUGUGGGAAUCGUUGCUCUGCUAUUCAUCAACUCCACCAUCUCUUUCAUUGAAGAGAACAACGCCGGCAAUGCGGCGGCCGCCCUCAUGGCUAGCCUCGCUCCAAAAACAAAGGUGCUCAGAGAUGGGCGGUGGACUGAGGAGGAGGCUGCCAUUCUGGUUCCUGGAGACAUCAUCAGUAUCAAAUUGGGAGACAUCAUCCCGGCCGAUGCACGUCUGCUCGACGGAGAUCCUCUCAAGGUGGAUCAAUCCGCGCUGACCGGCGAGUCCUUACCUGUGACCAAGAAUCCGGGAGACGAGAUAUUCUCCGGUUCGACCUGCAAGCAAGGUGAGAUCGAGGCUGUCGUGAUCGCCACCGGAGUUCACACGUUCUUCGGAAAGGCGGCCCAUUUAGUGGACAGCACGAACCAAGUCGGACACUUCCAGAAGGUCUUGACGGCCAUCGGUAACUUCUGUAUCUGCUCCAUCGCGGUCGGGAUCGUCGUCGAGAUCAUAGUCAUGUUCCCCAUCCAGGACCGCAAGUACAGGGAUGGGAUCGACAACCUGUUGGUCCUUUUGAUCGGAGGAAUACCGAUCGCCAUGCCGACCGUGCUGUCCGUGACCAUGGCCAUCGGGUCUCACAGGCUCUCUCAGCAAGGUGCCAUCACCAAGAGGAUGACUGCUAUCGAGGAGAUGGCCGGCAUGGAUGUCCUCUGCAGCGACAAAACAGGGACGCUGACCCUGAACAAGCUCAGUGUCGACAAAAACCUGAUCGAGAUUUUUACGAAAGGUGUCGAUAGAGACCAUGUCGUCCUAUUGGCAGCCAGAGCAUCCAGGACUGAGAACCAGGAUGCUAUCGAUGCUGCCAUGGUUGGGAUGCUUGCUGACCCCAAAGAGGCAAGGGCUGGCAUUAGGGAAGUGCAUUUCCUCCCCUUCAACCCAGUCGACAAGAGAACUGCUCUAACUUACAUCGAUGCUGAUGGCAACUGGCAUCGUGUGAGUAAAGGUGCUCCCGAACAGAUUAUGAGCCUUUGCAACUGCAGAGAGGAUGUCAGGAAAAAGGUUCACAAUGUGAUCGACAAAUUUGCUGAACGCGGGCUUCGGUCGCUGGCUGUUGCAAGACAGGAGGUUCCUGAGAGAACCAAGGAGAGUGCCGGGGGACCAUGGCAAUUUGUUGGCCUGUUGCCUCUCUUUGACCCCCCAAGGCAUGAUAGCGCGGAAACCAUUCGCAGGGCUCUCAACCUUGGUGUGAAUGUGAAGAUGAUUACAGGGGAUCAGCUUGCGAUUGCUAAGGAGACCGGUCGAAGGCUUGGAAUGGGAACAAACAUGUACCCUUCCUCUUCGUUGCUCGGUCAACACAAAGAUGAUUCAAUUGCUGGACUUCCGGUAGAUGAAUUGAUCGAGAAAGCUGACGGGUUUGCUGGAGUUUUUCCUGAGCAUAAAUACGAAAUCGUGAAGAGGCUGCAGGAGAAGAAGCACAUAUGCGGAAUGACAGGGGAUGGUGUGAACGAUGCACCAGCAUUGAAGAAGGCUGAUAUAGGAAUUGCUGUUGCCGAUGCCACCGAUGCCGCGAGAAGUGCUUCCGAUAUUGUCCUCACUCAACCUGGGCUCAGUGUUAUCAUCAGCGCUGUCCUUACCAGCAGAGCCAUCUUCCAGAGAAUGAAGAACUACACUAUCUAUGCAGUUUCCAUCACCAUCCGAAUUGUGCUUGGGUUUUUGCUUAUUGCUCUGAUAUGGAAGUUCGACUUCUCGCCUUUCAUGGUUUUGAUCAUUGCGAUCCUUAAUGACGGUACAAUAAUGACAAUCUCGAAAGAUCGAGUGAAGCCAUCUCCGAUGCCGGAUAGCUGGAAGUUGAAAGAGAUUUUCGCUACUGGUGUUGUGCUGGGUACUUAUUUGGCAAUAAUGACUGUCGUCUUCUUCUGGGCUAUGAAAGAGACUGACUUCUUCUCGGAUAAUUUCAAGGUUAGAUCGUUGAGGCACAGCGAACACGAAAUGAUGGCUGCACUAUACCUGCAGGUCAGUAUUGUGAGUCAGGCCCUCAUAUUCGUCACCCGGUCUCGCAGUUGGUGCUUCGUCGAACGCCCCGGACUUCUUCUAGUCAGUGCUUUUUUGAUUGCUCAACUUGUUGCAACUCUCAUAGCUGUUUAUGCCAACUGGGGUUUUGCACGAAUUAAAGGUAUUGGGUGGGGCUGGGCUGGAGUGAUCUGGCUCUACAGUAUUGUUUUCUUUCUCCCACUUGACUGGUUCAAAUUUGCCACUCGCUACAUUCUAAGUGGAAAGGCUUGGGACAACCUCCUAGAGAGGAAGACUGCCUUCACCACCAAGAAGGAUUACGGAAGAGAGGAGAGGGAAGCUCAAUGGGCUACGGCACAGAGAACACUUCAUGGCCUCCAACCUCCAGAAACUAGCACUCUUUUCAAUGAAAAGAGCAGCUACCGUGAGCUUUCAGAAAUUGCCGAGCAGGCCAAACGGCGAGCGGAGAUUGCAAGGCUAAGAGAGCUGAACACUCUGAAGGGUCAUGUGGAAUCGGUGGUCAAGCUGAAGGGGCUCGACAUCAGCACUAUCCAGCAGAGUUACACAGUCUAGGAAAGAGACCUGGACGAAGUGAUGGACAUUAAAGGGAAGCAGAGGGCGCUUAAGAUUAGAAGAAAGAAGUAGAAAUUAUGUCUGUAUGCAAUGUAGAGAGUGCAAUGUAAUUCUCCGACCCUGUCUCAGCAACCUACUUAUAUUCAUUUUCCUCGUCUUCUCACCAUGAGCAGUGCGGAUGUAAGAUGAAAAUAACGCAAACAUAUCAUUCCUCUCUCCCAUUUGAUAGAGGUUCCAUCUCCUUUUUUCUUUUUUUUUUGUCUGUGGGGGGAGGGGCAGUGGUUUGGGUUAUACUCCAAAUCUUAGUUCUGUAAACUUGGUGAGGAAAUUUGUUGAAGCGGUAUUGCUACUUUGUGGAU